AGAUUUUUAUGCUUUUCAUUAAAUUGAGCAUGCCUACUGGAAAUUUGAUUGAUUGUCCUGAUGAUUUGAAAGUGAUUGAUAAAGAAUGAUUUUCUGUGAACUUCUGCCUGUUUUGUCUCCGAUAUGGUUAUGUUAUUGAUUGUAAUCCUGCUAGUGGGGGUUAAACGCUAGCACAUGUCGACAUGUUAUUGAUAGAACCGGUUCAUUCAAGUGUAGCUUGCCAGUGGGAAGUUUAAUACACUGGCCAUGACCUAUAGAGGAGACGUCUAUUUCGUUCCCGUACUGAAUCCGAUUUGCGUGAUUGCACAUGUUGGCAUGCUACAAGUUUAAUUAAGGGCACUCCAUAUUUUACUUACUGAGUUUAUCUCAUAGUUUUUCCUUGUCCACCAUUUCAGGAAGUGAAACCGAGGACGGGGAAACCACGGGAAGUGACGAGUUAGAAGGCUAGCCAUAUUGUAAUUGGAUGUGAAGUUUUAGAUAUAAUCAUGAUCUUGUAUUGGAGAUUUAUGAUAUCAGAGAGUUUAUAAAAUUGAUCUUCAGAUUUUGAUGGUAUCAGAGUGUGAAUUGGAUAAGUUCCAAGCCUUGUGCAUUUGUGGGACCCGUCUCACGAGUGCACGGCGUCUGCCACGUCCCCGGAUUUGGGUUCUGGGGCGUGACAUGGGUGUCAAAGACGGUGGAGUUGCCUGCUCAGCCAAGCCAGAGCACAAGAAGAAUGAAUUUGGUGAUUGAAUUUUGACCAAAUUCAAAGCCUUUUCUCCCAUAUUAAUUUACCACUUCUAUGCCAUUAUAAGCAGGCAUCUUUAUUUUCCCCACACUUUCCCUUUCCAUAUCCUAUUGAAAUUAAUUACUAACCAAACCCAGUGCCCACAGUAGUAUUCAAUAAAAAAUUUUAAAUUUU